AGAUGUUCGAAACAAUGCAUCCCAAGUUCAUCCCAAAUGGUGACAGUGUGCCCAAGGUGCUUGUGUUCACUACAGAUGGAGAUUUUCUCAUGUCCUGGAACACAACCACCCUGGAGAUGCCUCAUGGGAUAUUUGUAGCAGACGCUGCCUUGUCAAACCCCACUUUGUGGAUCACAGAUGUGGGGAAUGGUCCAUACGGCCACUGCAUCAAACAGUACUCACCAUCUGGGAAGCUCCUGCAGGUGCUUGGUACACCGGGGAAACCAGGCUCUGGGUUGAACCCUCUGCAGUUCGACCAGCCGGCUGAGAUCUUUGUCCAUGACUCUGGAGAGAUAUACAUCGUAGAUGGUGAUGGUGGGAUGAACAACCGCCUCAUCAAGCUGUCCAAAGACCAGGAAGUGUUGUGGAUGCAUGGAGAGAAAGGCUCAGGCCUGGCUCAGUUCUACAUCCCUCACAGCGUGACCGUGGACAAUGCCCAGAGGGUGUGGGUGGCCGACAGGGGGAAUAAGAGGAUCCAGGUUUUUAAUUCCAUUACCGGGGACUGGCUGGGGACAUGGGGGAGCUGCUUCACUGAGGACGCGCCUUACUCUGUCCGCCUGACCCCAGACAAGAAGUACUUUGUCGUUGUCCAGCUCAACACCAACCAGAUUUCGCUCCUGGAUGCCCCACCGGUGGGUUUGAUUGGCCAGUGCAGAGUGGUCAGUGUUAUCCAGCUGGCUGAGGAAAUGAAGCCCCACCUGGUAGACCUGGACCUGAAAACAGGGGCCUUGUAUGUGGCUGAGAUUGGAGCUCAGCAGGCCCAGAAGUUCACUCCCUUCAGUCUGGGUGGGAGUUUCCUGUAGAACCACACUGGGCCUUAACUAAAGAACUGAAAUGGCAUGAUUGACCACAAACAAACAAAAUCAUAUCAUAAGCAUUACGAAGUAUUUAAAAGUGGAACCAAAAUGUGCAUGGGUUAUGUAAUUCAGAAACAAAUCAUAAAACCAUUUUCAGUACAGUGAACCUUACUAAAAAGAUAAGACGUCUAAGAUGUCUGAGGUAGAUAAAAAUAGUAUUGUAACACUUUGUUUAAAUAGUCUGCCUACAAAUGUUUUUUUGCCAUCUGGAUCUGUUUUUUACAAAAUAAGGGACUGUCUGCAAAGUUACAAAAUGUUCAUACUAAACGCAGUUUCAAAAAAACGCAAGUAGAUAGAUAGAUAGAUAAUAGGGAGUAACAGCUCAUACUCAGUACAACAUAUUUCUUUUGUUUUCUUACAAUAUCUCUUAGCAAAGAAAGCAGGAUUAUUGUUUCUGUGGUGAACACAUGGGUAAUAAUUUUUUGUUUGUUAUUUGUGGUUUAUGAAGUUGUGUGCCAUUUGUAUUUUUCUUGACUUUGCACUGCUUGAAAAGACAAGAGCUUCUCCGAGGCAGAGCUUUUUCCUUUCUUUACCACAGACACUUUAAACUCUUUUGUGCUUUUGCCAGUUUAUGGCUGUUUUUAAAUACAGUUGUAUGAUUAUACAUGUAUACAAGGCUAGAGCUGAACUGUUUUGCACUUGAGCCUGACCGAUAUUAUCAGCUGAUAUUGGCCUGUUG